AGGUCAAACCGGCCAGGACGAUCGUUCCUCCGUUAAUCGUUCCUCCGGACUUCACCGGACCGCUCUGUGCGCAUUUUGAUGCCCGCCUCUGACGUCCGUUAGCCGGAUCUCAGUCACGGUCCUUCCGGCCUCUGUCCUCUCACCGACCCUCUGAUGGCUUCCAGGCGGCCGGACAGCUUCGACGGGCUCGGCUACCGUGGCCGCGACGACCCGCUGUACGGAGCCAGCUACCCGGUUCGGAGCGCCGGAGCCCCCGCUGAGCUGCAGCACCACCACUGGGUCACGACGCCGCCGGACAUCCCUGGCAGCCGUAACCUGCACCCUGGAGAGCGGACACCGUUGCACGACGAGCCGCUGGGAGAGCCCGGAGGUCCCGUGCCUGGCUGGGACGCUCCGCAGCCCGGACUCCCGCCAGCUGAGCAGCUGAACCGCUUUGCUGGCUUUGGAAUCGGACUGGUCAGUCUGUUCACAGAGAACGUCCUCUCUCAUCCCUGCAUCGUGUUCCGCAGACAGUGUCAGGUAUCAGCCGCUCCUCACCUGUACCUGAUCAAUACCGCUGAUUGGUUGACGGCGGCGGUGGCUCUUCCGUUUUACUGUGCCAGCCUCAUCGAGACCGUCCAGAGUGAGAUCGUGCGCGAUGAGUCGUCGUCGGGGCUGCUGGACUGUGUCCGUGAAGGCGUGGCUCGUCUGCUGGGCGUCGGCGCUCCUCACAGCCGCCGCCUGCUGCCUCUCAGCUGCCUGCUGCUUCCCGCCGCGCUGCACGCUGUGCUGCGUUACGCCAUUGCAGCCUCUGUCCAGCGAGCGGCGCUGUGGCUGCACCAGCGGGGCAGGAAGCAGCGAGCGGACCCAUCCAACCCGCUGGACGUCUACUUCCCCGAGCUGGCGGCGGCGUGGGUGGGGUCUCUGGUGGCCGACGUGGUGGUGUUUCCUCUGGAGACGGCGCUGCACCGCCUCAGCCUGCAGGGCACACGCACCAUCAUCGACGCCACUGACGGCGCGGUGGCCGCUGCCGAUGGCGGCAGCCCGCUGGUUCUGCCCGUCAACACGCAGUACGACGGCUUCUCCGACUGCCUGCACGCCAUUCGCCGCAAAGAGGGCCGAGCCGGCUUCUAUCGCGGCUUCGGUGCGCUGGUGGCGCAGUACGCGCUACACGGAGCGCUGCUCGCCGCUGCCAGGACGCUACUCAGGCUGCUGCUGCUGGACACCAAGGCCGGCUAGGGUGUUACUAUGGAGACGCAGCAUCACCUCCCACUGAGGUCAGCUGGAAACUUCCACGUGUCAUCAGUGAGCUGUCACCACGGCAACAGGAUGUUUCUUCGGUUAAAGAGAAGAAACAAGUAAACAAACAGGAAGUACUGUCGUCUGAUUGGGUAAGAACUUGCUGGCUGGGAAGUGAUUGUGUAACCGCUUCCAUGGAAACCAGGUGUAGCGCCAUAGAAACCACCCUACCCUGACACUGAAAGAAACUCCUGGAUCCCUGUUACCUAGCAACACAAAUGCCACUUAGGAACCACUUUGCAGCACCACAGGGAACACUCUGGGAUUAGCCUAGCUUAGCAUAAUAGUUGUAGUGGUCACUUUGUUGCCAUGGAAACCUAGCAUCACUUCCCAUACCAGCAUGAACCUGUUAUCACCCCAUUGUGUAAAUACUGACAGCCAAUUGGUCACGUCUGUUUGUCAAUAUAAACAAACAUGUAAACAUCCAGAGAAAAUGUCUGAACAGUGGAAAAAGUUUAUUUGUAAAAAUCUGUAAAAAUCAAAAGUUCUAUGUAAUAAAAACGUAGAUUUAGAUUAAAUUAUUUGUGAUUCAUAAACAAUGAGAUCAAUAUUCAGAUCACAUGUCUGGAAAUCCAAUCAGACGAUUUGAUCUGAGAAGGUCCUGGAAGAGUUCUGAACGACUUCAAAUCAGUUAAAGCCACAAAACGUGUUUCCGGUGAAUCCGCUCCGCUCAGAUCUUGUGGUGUCUCGUGUUGAAAACUUUUCUGUAAAUUUGUUUUCAUGUGAAAUAAAACCGUGUUUGUGCGACAACA